UAUCUGGUCCAGGAAAGGUCUAAGAACAAGAACUUGACCGAGUCCUUGACGCCGAGUACUCAAAAAUACGACCACAGAUCCCAUUGAUGUCAUGAUAUUUAUAAGGAUGCUUAUAGCAAAUAAAUAUUCAAAAGUAUUUAAGUCAAUAUUUACGAAUAUCUAGUACAUCAAGAUAAAAAAUAAAUUACAUUUUUUUCUUUGGUCGAUUUUUUCUCUUUCAUUAGUUUUUCUUUGUUUUUAUUUUCGACAUUUUCUUCAUUUUGAAAUGUGGCCUGACUGGCUUCUUUUUCUGUAUUUUUUUUUUCAAGAUUUCUCCAUUGUGUACUUUUCAGAAUAAAUGACUGUUCGCUUCUCUAACACUUUGUUCCUUAGAUUGGUUUUGGUCUCAGAAUGCAGAUGGAGCGAAACUAUCAUUGUGAUGAGUGUGAAUACACAACAACAAGACCAUCGUUUUUGAGGCAACACAAGGAGUGCAAACAUGAAGGAGUAAGGUAUCCCUGUGUUUAUUGUGGUUUUGCAGCAACACGGAAACGUGAAUUAAGACUGCACACGGAGGCAAAACACGAGGGAGUGAGGUAUCCUUGUGAUAAAUGUGAAUAUAGUGCGGUUAAAUUAUCAUAUUUAAAAGAGCACAAAGACCGUAAACAUGAAGGGGUUAAAUACCCCUGUGACAUUUGUGAUUAUACAACAACACGUUUGUUAGAUUUGAGAAAGCACAAGGAGAGCAAGCAUGAAAAAGUUAGAUUUUCGUGCGAUCAAUGUGAUUAUGCCGCAACACGUUCAACACAUUUGAAAGUGCAUAAACAGAGUAAACAUGAAGGUGUAAGAUAUCCUUGUGAUAAAUGUGAUUAUAACGGUACGUUCAAAUCUGCUUUGAAAGUGCACAUCAGAAAACAUCAUAGCGGGAAAGAGGAGCCCGUUGUUAACAUUAAAGUUGAGCUGGAUCCAAUUAAAUAUGAAUCUGAACCUGAACUUAUGCAAUGUGAACCUGAUCUUGUAGAAUAUGAACCUGAACCUGAUCCUUUGAAGCACGAACUUGAACCUGAUCUUGUCAAACAAGAACCUGAACCUGAUCUUGUGAAACAAGAACCUGAACCUGAUCUUGUGAAACAAGAACCUGAACCUGAUCUUGUGAAACAAGAAUCUGAACCUGAUCUUGUGAAACAAGAAUCUGAACCUGAUCUUGUGAAACAAGAAUCUGAACCUGAUCUUGUGAAACGAGAACCUGAAAGUGGAGAUGAUGAUGAUGAAAGAACUGGGAUUGAUCCUCUUCAUGAAUACUGAUCGAUUAUAGACAUAAUUUCCAUUUUUAGAAUAGCACGUUUGAUUCACAGUGGUACUCUAAACCAUUUGAUCAAGAAUUAAUAAGGCAUGACAUCCUUCAGUUUCCCUCUGAAAAUUAGUUAUAUUAAAUUGUGGUUUCUUUUUAUAAAUGUCUUACGGAUUUAUGCUAUUGAGACAAGGAAGUAAAAUGUUUAAAGAUAGAAAAACGAAGAAAUCUAUCUCUUUGUUGCUAAGAUUAAGAGGUUUCAGGAUAUAAUAUUUUCAACCUGAAUGCCACUCUAUUAAAGGAGGAUCAUUUAAAUUUUGUUUUCGCUUUAGAGUAAUUUCAAGUAAACCCUUUAUUUAAAGAUUUAUCCACUGCACCCUUGAAACCUUUACGUAAGGUUAAUUCUGUCCAUUUCCUCCCUGCUCUCAGCAAUUUAAAAUGCUCGAAAUAAUGAUUAGAUAAAAGUUUAAAGGGUACCUUUGUGAAUUGGACAUUUAAAGGGACUGCCCUCUAAUGUGCACAAUCUGAUCUUAAUGAAAAAUUAGAGGGGGCAAUUUCAGUCGAGUAGCUAAAUAUCUGAUAGUUUGAAGUAAACUUUAGUUCAACAUUUGUCAACAGACAUCCAUGGUCUUGGUUAAUCUUGAUUAUAUAAAUUCAAAUAUUACAUGUUUCAGAAUAAUGGUAAAUAAUUGUAGGGUGGCAGGAUGUAACUCCGCCUCCACUGUAAAGCAUAAUCCCUUGAGCAGAGCUCAGAUGGAAAAAUGGAGUUUAGCAAUAAAGUACAAUCGGAGAUUGCCAAACAAAGUGGUAUAUUUUAAAGUAUGUUCCAAACACUUCUCGAUGGAUCAAUAUGAUGGUGAUCUUCAUACGAGAAAGCGACGUAUUACGGAAGCUUCUCUUCCUUCUCUUCCUGAUAAAGAAUUGGCUCCUCGUGAAGUAAUUUAUUUAAAAGAAUCGGAUUGUUUUUCGGUUUCAUCAAAAAUCAGAAAGGUUGAUGGUACUAUAUCUCAUAACUUGGCAGAUCCAAUUAAAUAUGAAUCUGAACCUGAGCUAAUGCAAUGCGAACCUGAUCUUGUAGAAUAUACACCUGAUCUUGUGAAAUAUGAACCUGAACCUGAUUUUGUGAAAUGUGAACCUGAUACUUAUCUUGUGAAACAAGAACCUGAAGCUGAUCUUGUGAAACAAGAACCUGAACUUGAUCUUGUGAAACAAGACCCUGAACUUGAUAUUGUAAAACAAGAACCUGAACCUGAUCUUGUAAAACAAGAACCUGAACAUGAUCUUGUAAAAAAUGAACCUGAAAGUGGAGAUGAUGAAAUUGAUCCUCUUCAGGGAUACUGAUCAAUAAAGUGAUUUUUGUUCAACUGAAAGGGACUGUUCAAUUUCAAGAGACCUUCUUUUUUAAUAAUAAUAUAGUUGAUUCACA